GAGUCCUUUGGGGAUUCCCAAGCAGUGGAAGGGGCUCCUAUUUGCUGCAGCAUUUAGGGGAAGGAACCCCAAGUUCCCUCCACCCGGAUGAGGCCAGCCAGGCUGUGGGAGUCUCUGGUUGUACUCCCGCGGAGGGCUGAGACCCUCAAAGGGGAAACACAGAGAGCCGGGUGUCCUGGGGUGCUCCGAGUCACCGAGCUACAGACAGGAGAGAGUGGGACACUGUCUUGGCUGGUCAGUUUCACUAGAAGUGUUUUUUUUUUUUUAAGGGUAAAAAAUAAUUUCCAAAGGAAUAACUGCAAACAAACUAGGUUAGAUAUUGGAAUAGAAGGCAGGAUGUAGGUGAAUUUUUAAGAUCAAACAAGAGAUGUUAAAGAGACAUGAACCCUGCAUGGCUCCGGUCCCACAGUCAGGCCUGGAGGCAGGGGACUUCUCCUGCGGGGCGGGGGUUUCUGAGGGAAAGUCUGAGCAGCUCCAUCACAGGAGAAGAGGGGCUCAGGAAAGUCCUGGGUCUGGGAAUUGAGGCCAAUGUCAAAACCAGCCUGUUUCCCGGAGUGCCCUGGUCAGCCCGGCCCCAGAGGGAGGGCCUGCGGCCCGUAUGUGUGUGUGUGUGUGCAGGGUGGUGUGUCUGUGGGUGUGCUGGGGGAGGAGGAGGAGGAAGCAGAGCCACUGUACAAGGGCUGUGCAGGCUGUCGGUGCAGGCGGCCUCACACACACAAAGGCACACAGAUGCGAGCCAUGUGAAUCACCCAGCCAGUGAGUCAGCCCCCAGGAUUCCUGUCGGGGAAUGAGCGAGGCUGGACUGCAGUCUGUGGGUCCAUCUGUCAAUCUGAUGUGUGCGUGUGUGAAGGCUGUCUGUGCCCAGAAUCCAGAGCACCCCCUGCACCACCAUGACUGGGCUGCUGAAGAGGAAGUUUGACCAGCUGGACGAGGACGACUCCUCUCUCUGCUCCUCCUCCUCCUCUGUGUCCUCCUCGGGCUGCCACUCUCGAUCCUGCUCCCCGAACUCCUCAGUCUCCCCAGCCUGGGACUCGGAUGAGGAGGGCCCCUGGGAUCAGAUGCCCCUGCCUGGCCGUGACUUCUGUGGCCCCCAAAGUUUCACCCCCCUGUCCAUCCUGAAGCGGGCUCCCCGCAAGCGCCCGGGCCGCGUAGCCUUCGAUGGCAUCACUGUCUUCUACUUUCCUCGGUGCCAGGGCUUCACCAGCGUGCCCAGCCGUGGCGGCUGCACUCUGGGUAUGGCCCCUCACCAUAGCGCCUGCCGCCGCUUCUCCUUGGCCGAGUUUACACAGGAGCAAGCCCGCGCCCGGCACGAGAAGCUCCGCCUACGCUUGAAGGAGGAAAAGCUGGAGGUGCUGCAGUGGAAGCUUGCAGAGGCUGGCGUACCUGAGACAGAGGCCAGCCCACCACUUACAGUGGACGCCAUUGAUGAUGCCUCUGUAGAGGAGGACUUGGCAGUGGCCGUGGCAGGUGGCCGGUUGGAAGAAAUGACCUUUCUACAGCCCUAUCCAGCCCGGCAGCGGCGGGCCCUGCUACGGGCCGCCGGUGUGCGGAGGAUCGAUCGUGAGGAGAAGCGGGAGCUGCAGGCUCUGCGCCGAUCCCGAGAGGAUUGUGGCUGUCGCUGCGAUAGGGUCUGCGACCCUGAGACCUGCAGCUGCAGCCUAGCAGGCAUCAAGUGCCAGAUGGACCACACAGCAUUCCCCUGUGGCUGCUGCAGGGAGGGCUGUGAGAACCCCAAGGGCCGUGUGGAAUUUAAUCAGGCACGAGUUCAGACCCAUUUCAUCCACACGCUUACCCGUCUGCAGCUGGAGCAGGGGGCUGAGAGCCUUGGGGAGCUGGAGGCCCCUGCCCCGGGGGGCCCACUUAGCCCUGAUGAGCCUGUCUUGGCCCCCACUUUCCCACUGGCCAAGCCCCCUGUGAGCAGCGAGCUAGGAGACAACAGCUGCAGCAGCGACAUGACCGACUCCUCCACAGCAUCAGGCACCAGCGAGGCCCCUGACGGCCCCACCCACCCGGCCCUGCCUGGCCCUGGCUUCCCGCCUAGCGUGGAUGAUGACAGCUUGGCUCGAAUCCUGAGUUUCAGUGACUCUGACCUGGGUGGAGAGGAGGAGGAGGAAGAGGAAGGGGGAGUGGGGAGCCUCGACAACCUCAGCUGCUUCCACCCGGCUGACAUCUUUGGUACUGGUGACCCUGGUGGCCUGGCCAGCUGGACCCACAGCUGUUACAGUUCUAGCCUCACAUCAAGCAUCCUGGAUGAAAACGCCAACCUGGAUGCCAGCUGCUUCCUAAACAGUGGCCUUGAAGGAUUGGGAGAAGGCAGCCUCCCUGGCACCUCAGGGCUGCCCAGCACGGACGCCGGCCAGAGCAGCUCAGUAGACCUCAGCUUGUCUUCCUGCGACUCCUUUGAACUGCUCCAGGCCCUGCCAGACUAUAGUCUGGGGCCUUACUCCACCUCCCGGAAGGUGUCUGACAGCCUGGACAACCUUGAGGCACCCCAUUUCCUCUUGCCUGCCUUUUCUCCGCCUGGGGAUGCCAGCACUUGCUUCCUGGAGUCCAUCAUGGGCUUGUCCGAGCCAGCUGCCGAGGCCCUGGCUCCCUUCACGGACAGCCAGUUGUUUGAGGACGCUGCCCCAGCAUCUCUGGUAGAGCCGGUGCCCGUGUGAGGACUAAGGUGCCUUUACCUGGCCCCAAGAGCCCUGUUGCUGCUUUGUUGUAAUUUGGGGGCUCCCGAGGUCUAUUAUGUAAUGGUUUCCCGUGGGCUGGCUCACCCACGCGGGCACUCCUGAUUUUCGUGCAACACUCUGGAUUGAUUUAUUUAUUUUUGUCACUUUCUGUGCUGAAGAGAGGGUGGGGAGGGGGCUUCCCCUCUCAGCCGCCCAGCCCCCGCACCCCACCUCCCCCUAACUCGGUGCCCACAUAGUCUCUUCCGCUUCUGCAGUGCUGUGCCAGGAAGAGGAGGAACCAUGGCUCCCCUGGAGCUUUGCAGACCCCUUGUCGGUCUUGUAUGAUGUUCUUCAGCCCAAAGACAGCAAGACAGGGCUGAAAUCAGCCACUUCUUACUGCUUCUCCUGCCACCCUGAGCCCUAGACCCUUGGGUGGCUGAAUCCUCUGGACUGUGAAGACUAUAAUUUAUUUCCAUAAUUUAUUUGGAGACUAAGUGGCUUAGGCGUCUCCUGUCUGGCUGGUGGGCAGUGCUGGGGGUUGGGUGGGGCAGAGACCCCUCCGAGUCCCUUUUGCCUUGUAGUCCUGCCCUGUCUGGUGUAGACCAGGUGUGGAUCUGAGCCCUAAGUCUACUAUGGCAGCUGCUUGGCUCCAGAUGGCUGAGCAGGCAGGGGCUGGCCUGGGACAGCAUCUGGGCAGGGGGAGGGGCUGGGCUGACCAACCAUGACCAAAACCCUGUGCUGCCCCAUGCAGCCCCCUCUGCUUCCUGUCCUCUGCCCCAUCUCCCCUGCUCCCAAAAGUUACAGCCUUUAUUCCAGGCCCAUGAAUAUAGGAGGGGGAAGCAGGAAGCCUAGAGAGGGCCAGGGACUUGCCUCAGGGCCCUCAGCAUGCCCCUGACUACUAUCUCAGGGCUUUCUGGGCACUGCACUCCAGCCUGGUCCACCUGCCCAUGCCCUAAGGCCAGCUGGCCAGGGACGAGGGGUGGCUUCUUAUGGCUUUUAUGCCUUUCGUUUGCUGAUACUGAAUUCUGCAUCAUAAUUUCUAUAUUGUCCCUGAGUAUUAGAACUAUAAUUUAUUCAUUUUUCUCUGUGUCUGUGCCAAGAAGCCCAGGCUCUGGGCCUGCCCUCUCGCCCAGGAGGCCUUGCCAGCCUGCGUGCUUGUGGGAACACUUUGUACCUGAGCUUACAGGUACCAAUAAAGAGGCUCUAUUUUUAA